UUUUACCCUUUCUCUUCAUUAAUUCAACCUUUUUUUUCCUCUCUCCUCUUUCUCUCUGUAUUCGGCUUUUUCAGCUUCACACCGGACACAACCUCAUCUUCUCUCUCUAAAACCUCACUUUCUCUUUCUCCAAGCUCCGAAACAAACCCUAAAACCGCCUGAUCUCCGUCGGACCUCCGCCAUUUUCUCCGGCCGGCGACCGGACAAGAAGCUAGCCUCUCAAGACCUGUUUCCGGCAGGGUUCCGACCCUAGCACGUCCUCCCUAUGAUCCGAUCUGAGAUGGAGUUGUUCUGGUUUUCCGAGAAACUCAUUUUCCGGUCGAGCUUAGCUUGAGGAAAAGAGGAGAGAGAAAGGUGUGGUAGAGAGAUAGAGAGAGAGGGGAGAGAAGAGAAUCGGAAGGUAGAAAUGUACAAGAACCAGCUUCAAGAGCUGGCGCAGAGGAGCUGCUUCAACUUGCCGUCGUACACGUGCAUUAGAGAAGGUCCGGACCACGCGCCGAGGUUCAAGGCCACCGUCAACUUCAACGGCGAGACCUUCGAGAGCCCUCACUACUGCUCAACUCUCCGCCAGGCCGAACACUCCGCCGCCGAGGUCGCCCUAAACUCUCUUUCCAACCGUGGCCCCUCUCACUCCCUCGCCGCGAGGAUCCUCGAUGAGACAGGGGUGUACAAAAACCUCUUACAGGAAAUAGCUCAAAGAGUUGGAGCUCCGUUGCCCCAAUAUACAACAUACAGGUCAGGCCUUGGACACCUACCUGUAUUUACAGGGACUGUAGAACUGGCAGGAAUCACUUUCACAGGAGAACCUGCAAAGAAUAAGAAACAAGCGGAAAAGAAUGCUGCAAUGGCAGCUUGGUCGUCUCUGAAACAAUUGGCAAAAGAAACUGCAAGUUCGUCUGAGGCAGAGAACAGUGAUGAGUUGGAGCAGAUCACUAUAGCUCGGGCUUUGUUAAAUUAUCGGUUGAAGGAAAAGAUGGCAAAUCCUAAUUCCCCAAUACCAUUUCCAAAGAAGUUUCCAGUGCAGCCCCCAAGACCAACCAGUCCUCAAACUCCCUUGGCUACGACAUCAAAAAUACUUCCUUUAAUUUGUCAAAAGACAGCUUCUAGAAACAGACUUCCGCCAAAUGCAUUUAGCGACAGUUCUGUAACACCAUCACAGCCUCCGUUAGAAGGUCGUGGGGUCCGUCACCAGAGGUCACUUACUGUUGGAGCACUUCCUUUUGUUCCCAUGCGUCAAAUGAGAGCAUCUUGCCAUGGCAUGGCACCACCUGUGACAAUGAGGACCGUUGUGCCUGUGUACUCUGCGCCUCCUCUUCCUCCACCAGCUGCAGUGCCCCAUCAGGUCAUUCGUGCGCCACCAGUACGAAUUGCUCCUCAAGUCACCAUCAGGCAGGCUGUGCCGGUAUUUGCUGCUCCACCUGUUCGAAGAGAUGAUUCUUCAAUUGUUCGAAAAGAAGAUCCUUUAGCUGUGCAAAAAGAAGAUCCUGUAGCCAUCCAAAAAGAGGAGCCUGUAGCAGUCCGAAAAGAUGAUCCUGUAACCGUCCGAAAAGAUGAUCUUGUAGCCGUUAGGAAAGAAGAUCCUCCAGCUGCCGUUGUUGCUCCUACUCUACAGAAUAAAUCGUCGUAUGAUAUAGAGGCAACUGAAGACAAAACUACAAACGAUUCAGUAGGGUCCGAAGCGGUGCAGAGCUUGGAACAACUGAAAAUCUGAGGUGGUUGGCAAGAACUAACCCCGUGGGGAGAACAUUGUGAUGUUUUGUGCCGGUUUUAAGUUUGUUUUUUUGGCAAUCUUUUCUCAUUUUAUUAUAUGUGCUCUUUGCCACCUUUGUUUUCUUUUUUUCUCUCUUGCCCUUUCUACCCUUUUUGUUUUGUUAAAAAACUACAGUUGGCAGGUUAAGUUAGUAUCAGCAUUCUCAUAUCUACGCGGUUCAAGAGUUUCAGUUUAUUUGCUGCUCGUAUUAGGCAUUGUGGCCAUUAUUAGUGGCAUAGUUUGAAGCAGCCCUAGUAAUUUAUCAUGCAUUUUUUCUUUUUUUUUUUUUGCCUCUGCCAAACUUCGUCAGAUGUGGGUCAGCAAUACUUUUUCUUGUCGGGGUGAUGAUAAGAAUUGGUUCA